AUUAAACCAUACACCACACUUGUACCUCACUACACUCUCUCAUAUCCAUCAUCCAUGGCUUCUCCACCACCACUCCUCCUCCUUCUCCUUCUCCUCAUCCUCAUCUCCUCCGCCUCCGCAAUAACCUACCCGGAAGAAGCCCUUCCCACCAAAUCCGGCUACCUAACCGUUAACUCCACCACCGGCUCCGCCAUCUUCUACACAUACUACGAAUCCCAAUCCCCUCCCAAAAACACACCAAUUUCUCAAACCCCGAUCUUGAUCUGGCUCCAAGGCGGGCCCGGGUGCUCCUCAAUGAUCGCAAACUACUUCGAACUGGGCCCAUGGCUCGUAAACCAACAAGUAAAGCUCGAGCCGAAUCCAAAUUCUUGGAACAAACAGUUUGGCCUACUUUUCCUCGAUAAUCCCAUCGGCACCGGUUUCAGUAUCGCUGCUACAUCUGAUGAAAUUCCCCGCGACCAAAAUUCCGUCGCUAACCACCUUUACGUCGCUAUCACAAAAUUCAUAUCCCUCGACAAGUCGUUCAAAACCCGGCCCAUCUACAUCACCGGCGAGAGCUACGCCGGCAAAUAUCUGCCGGCGCUGGGCUACUACAUCUUGAAAAAAAAUGCAAUCUUGUCUUACGAAAAGAGGAUCAAUCUUGCCGGUAUAGCCAUUGGAAACGGCCUAACCGACCCGGAAAUCCAAGUCCAAGACCACGCGAUCACAGCCUUCCAUUUGGGCCUGAUCAACGAAAUGCAAAAGGCCCAAUUAGAAAAAUUACAACUAGAAACCGUCUCUUUCAUAAAGAGACGGAAAUGGAGCGACGCUUCUGACACAAGAGCGGAUGUGCUGGCGACGCUGACAAAUAUGUCGGGCCUCGCCACACUGUAUGAUGUCAGGAAACUGGCCCCCUACCCGAAUAACGUGGUAGUCAGUUUCCUGAACGACGCGGGUGUGAAGCGGGCCCUACAUGUCCCGGGCAACAUCACUUUCUCCAAAUGUAGCACCGCGGUGGCGGAGGCGAUGCACGAGGACAUAAUGAAGAGUGUUAGGCCGAUGGUGGAGUGGCUGGUGAGGAGGACGAGGGUGCUUCUGUAUCAGGGGCAGACGGAUUUGAGGGACGGGCCGACGUCGACGGCGGCGUGGGUGAGGGAGAUGAGGUGGGAGGGGAUUGGGGGGUAUAUGGGGGCGGAGAGGGAGGUGUGGAGGGUGGGUGGGAUGCUGGCGGGGUAUGUGCAGAGGUGGGAGAGGUUCAGCAAUGUGGUGGUGUUGAAUGCUGGCCAUCUUGUGCCUACUGAUCAGCCUUUGAAUUCUCAAAUUAUGAUGCAAGAUUGGGUUUUGGAGAAGGGCUUGUUUGGUGGUGGUACAAAAGCAUGAUUGAAUGGUAUUGUAUUGGAAAAUUAAUUACAUUGAGUAGUGGGUGUUGGUAGCUUGAAUAAUAAGAGAUAUAGAUUGUAUGGGAUUUUUGUGGUGUUUUACUAUCUUGGAAUGGAUUUGGCUUGCAAUUGUUGAAUAGAUUUGUAACUUUAGUAGUGGCUUAGAGUUUGUUAUGACUUAUGAUCAUGACUAAGCUUUGGAUGAAUGAAUAUUUUGGUUUGUGUACCAUUUUGAUGUGGGGAUCAAAUGGAGUAAUAUUUAAAUA